GAUUACGUUUUUAGAAACUGAUAGCUCGGACUAAGCAAAAGACGAAUGGAUAGCAUGCAGAAAAUUAGAAUCGGAUUGGAAAUACAUAAUAUUAUUAAAAUAAAUCAAUUCUUGUUCUGUUUUACAGUUCACCUUUAAAUCACUGAUCGUUUUUUUGUGGCUGCUGUAUUAUGACCUUGUGUAUAAAUGUGACAAUUUGACAAUUACUCUUGCGAUUCUCAUUAUAACAUGAAAGUGAACGCAUAUCAGGGCAGGCGCAUGAAGAAAAGAGUGGGGGAUGCUGUAAAGCAGACCAGGCAUCUAUAUAUUUAUGUGUGUAAGGGGGAGAGCAGAGCGCGACGGAGAGAGUUGGAGAAACAAUGCAGUCGUCUGUCGUAAGUGUACUGUGUAGUACAACUUGUACGUAUCUAGACAGGAGUGUACUCGAACUUGAGUCAUCGUGGUUUUAUAGAGGUCUACUGUUUCUUAAAUAGUUCUACCAAUUAGCUAUGUGUAUGCGAUUGACAAUCAUUCUAAAACAUUAAUCAUCUACAUGUACAACAAACGUACGUCGGCGGUCGACUUGUCAUCAUAAUAAAACAAUGGAAGAAAAAUACGGUCGAAAGAUGAAUUAUGACCCUAGAUGGAAAGGACCUUUGUACAAACGAUCUUGCACCGACUGUUUUUGGCUCAUUGUGUUUUUGGCUUUUUUGAUAGUUUGGAGUGGAGUGGCAUAUUACGCUCUGAAGCAUGGCAACAUAGAAAAGCUUGUUCAGCCAACGGAUAGUGAAGGGCGCAAAUGUGGAAUUGAUUCACAAGUGGCAGACAGACCAUAUUUAUUAUUUUUUGAUCUGACGAAGUGCGUGAAAAUUUCUCCGGAUUCCUAUCGUGGCUGUCCGACAACACAAGUUUGCGUUCGCGAUUGUCCACGCCAGAAUUUCUUCUUCGACAAAACUAAAAGUCAAUUAACAUUGGAUGAAUUGAAAAAACAGUUAAUUUGCAAGAUCGAGGUGAAACUUGAUAAUAUAUCAAAAAUUGACGAUAUCGAAAAGUUGGUUAAUUUGGAAAAGUGUGCAAAAUGGUAUUUGGAAAGUAGCCAUUUAUUAGGGCGCUGUUUUCCGGUGGUCGUUUGGGAUGAAUUCAUCAACGACACUAUCACGCACCAACAAUUAAAGGAGGCACAAAGGGUCAUCGAAUCCGUGGCACAUUUGGAGGAUGUCUUGAAGAAAGCUUACACAGACGUGAAGAACACCAAGUACGCAGUAUUUGGAAUUUCCAUUGCUAGUGGAUUUGUUUCUCUCUUGUAUAUCGUUAUACUGAGGUGGUUAGCAGGGCCGUGUGUUUGGACAACGAUCUUGAUAAUUAGCGCAGCUUUGGCUUACGCCACUUACGAAUCAACCAUGCGUUUUUUGCGAAAUCACGACACAAAAUGGAUGGUGCUCCUCAUCGUGACGUCAACUACGCUAUCUCUAAUAAUUUUGGCUUCAUUAUUUUUGCGGAAAAGAAUUUAUUUGGCAUGUCAACUUAUCAAAGAGUCAAGCAAAGCUGUGACGAGUAUUCUAUCGAGCUUAUUCUUUCCCGUAAUACCAUGGGUUUUGCAUCUUAUAGUGCUGUUGUAUGGCGUGACAAUAUUUUUAUAUUUAUUGACCAUAUGGGAGCCUAACUACAGAGUGGAAAUGAUGAUGGAGGAUGAGUGCUUCUGCCCCGACAAGUACACGAACAACUCACCAUGUGUUCCAGAUCAAUUCAACAAAGAUUGUUACAGCGGUAAAUCCGGAGAGCCUUGUACUAUGUCUGCAUGUAAUCUCGUUAGCAAGGAUCGCCCCUGGUUUAUAAAUUAUUUUCAUGUCGUUAACGUUGUUGGAUUUUACUGGCUCUUCUUUUUUAUCUCGGCAUUCGGAGAAAUGGUAUUGGCCGCAACUUUUGCCACCUGGUAUUGGACUCGUAGAAAAUGCGACCUGCCCUACUUUACCAUAACAAUUGGAUUCUGGAGGACAAUAAGAUAUCACUUGGGAACAUUGGCGUUGGGUGCUCUCAUAUUAACUAUCUGUCGUAUUAUUCGUCUGAUCUUGGAGUGGUUAAAUGACAAAGUUAAAAGCGCCAAUAACGAGUUUGCGAACGGAAUAAUGUGCUGUUGUAGAUGCCUCUUUUAUUUGCUUGAGCAAUUUCUAAAGUUUAUCAAUAACAAUGCCUAUGUUAUGUGUGCUGUUCAUGGCAAAGGCUUUUGUCGCUCUGCCAGAGACGCAUUCAAUCUUUUAAUGCGAAAUGUCAUCAGAGUUGUCGUUAUAAACAAGAUUACGAGCUGGCUGUUACUAUUAGGUAAAUUGUUCAUCACUGGCGUCACCGUUACGACGACGACGUGGUAUUACAACAAAUACCAAACAGAAAAAAUUUAUUUCUGGACUGUUCCUGUGAUAAUGACUACUAUCACGUCUUUCUUAAUAGCAACAGUCUUUUUCAAAGUUCAGGCAGCAGCUAUUGAUACGCUUUUUCUUUGCUUUCUUGAAGACUGUGAACGAAACGACGGUUCAAAAGAGCGGCCAUAUUACAUGAGUAAAAGACUGAGAAAACUUUUGCACAAAUGAAGAAAAAGAAAUACGUGCUUUUUCGCAAAUAUUAUAAUAAUAUAUUUUUAUAUAAUCGAUAUUUCUACUGUUGCCAAAACAUUACAAGUAUUAUUUAGAAUUCAGGAUUGAGAAUUUAGAAUUUCAUCCGAAAUAUACGACUAUUUGUCAGUAUUACUUCGAGUUAGUACGUAAAACAUUAAUUUGAAAAAAUAUAUAAUAGAUUUCAAUGAUGGUAAACUUAAGAAAAAUCUAUCAAUAGGCCUUAAAUCAAAUGAUGUACGUAAUUAAAAAAAGUAAUUAUUCAAAACAUUACGAGCAUGCGUCUUUUGCAUGUAAAAAAGGUUGCAAAUAAACUGAGAUUGAUAUCGUCAUUCCUAUCUUGAAUUCAAACUGAUUCAGCUUGAAACGAUAUUAACAUGUUAUUUAAAUCUUCAAUACUUUAAAUUAAAGUAAGGAAAUGAAUGUUAUUAAUGUAUUUGUAAAUAAUUAUUUGGCACAAUAUAAUAAUAUAAGUAAGCAAUUAAACUUUAAUAAACUCUAUUAAAUUAUUUUUGUCUAUGCAUCGAUAUACAAAAUAAUGUUAGGAAAGCGUUAUAUAUUUGGGACAAAGGAUUGAAAGAAUUUAUACACUUUAUUGUAGAAGUUGAAGUAUUGAAUAGAACAAUAGAAAUUAAUAAAUUAAAAACAGAGUGGAGAUGCGUAAGAAUUACCUUUUCUCUCGGGGGGGGGGAUUUUAUAACUAUUGGUACGCACGCUGUAUGCGCUGUACGAUACGCGGUAUCAUGCGUGUACUCUAGUCAAGGUCAAAAAUAUCGACCAUCUCGGAAGGCACAAAUUUUGAAUGAGAAGACGAAUGAAGGAGUUGCGUCUACAACGGUUUGUAUAAACAAUAUUAAUGAAAUGGAUAUAAAAAUUAAAAUAAGUCUUGUACGAUGACAAAAAAGAAAGAUGGAAAUAAUAA